AGUUAACGUGACCAGAAUCAUGACAAACGUUAUUAUAAAUAACAUCAUUCUUUUCACAAAAAUACUGCCGGGUUAAAGCUUUAGAGAAUCAUUCCUAGAGACAAACUGAUUAAUUUGCUUAUUAGGUUUUUUUCUGCAGUUUGUAGUUUAUGAAGGCAAAAAGAAUGCUUUAUGUUUCCUUAUCAAGUUUAGAUCAGAAUAUCAAUGAUGCUGACAGGAAGAUUUCAAUUCUGGUCGAGUGUAAAGAGAAAUCCUUUAAGCAAGAGAGCGGGGUCGCUGUCAAUUUCUUUGCCGCCAAUCCAAGACAAACAAAUGAGAACAGAGACAUCUUAUUUCACUUCAAUCCCAGGCCCCGAAACACAUUGGUUUUGAACACAUUUUUACAAAACGGAUGGCAAGAAGAAGUUUUCCUGAGGGACGAUGAGUUUAGCACGAAGCUGUUUGAAAAUCCUUUUAAACUAACCAUAAAGGUAACUGAUGCAGAAGAUACACCGAAACAAAUGACAGCAUUUGGGGUUUUUGUGAACAACACCUUUCUCACUACGUAUUUAUGUCCUGCCGACAUAACUAUGGCAAGCUUUAUAGGAUUUUCUCCAAAUCUUCGCAUUUCUGCAAACAUUGAGGACUUUUGAAUGUUGAAUUGAACGAUUUUGAAUACAUAAAUACUCUAGAGUACUACUCUUCUGUUGAUAUAAAUUUACUACAGGUUAAGACACGAGUAAAUUAAUAAAUGCGAA